CGGCUCCUGUUUGCUUGGCUCCAGUCUGCGUCUCCGAGCCCGCGGGCCCCGAUGAGAAGCGCCCCUGUGCUGCCGGACUGACGCCUCGCCGCCCUCCCCGCGCACGAGAAGGAGCGCGGCGCCCCCGAUCGCGGGCCGCCCCUGCACCGCCCUCCCCGGCGGGGGCUCGUCUGCCGCCUGCGGGGCGGGCGGCGCGGCGGUGACAGCGCGGCGGCGGCGAGGCCGGGGGAGCGGGAGCGCCGCCGCCGAAGACCAUGAGGAAAUUUAACAUUAGGAAGGUGCUGGACGGCCUGACGGCGGUCUCCGCCGUCGCCUCGGCGUCGUCCGCCGCGCAGCAACAGCAGGCGGGGAACCGGGAGACGGAAAUCCAGGAGACGCUCCAGUCCGAGCACUUCCAGCUCUGCAAGACUGUACGCCAUGGUUUCCCCUAUCAACCUUCAGCCUUGGCAUUUGAUCCGGUUCAGAAAAUACUGGCCAUCGGGACUCAGAGUGGAGCACUAAGGCUCUUUGGUCGGCCAGGAGUUGAAUGCUACUGCCAACAUGAUAGUGGAGCUGCAGUAAUCCAGCUUCAGUUCCUGAUUAAUGAGGGAGCUCUUGUGAGUGCCUUGGCUGACGAUACCUUACACCUGUGGAACUUGCGUCAGAAGAGACCUGCUAUACUUCAUUCACUCAAAUUCAACCGAGAACGGAUAACAUUUUGUCAUCUGCCUUUCCAAAGCAAGUGGCUAUAUGUGGGGACCGAAAGAGGAAACAUUCACAUUGUCAAUGUGGAAUCAUUUACUCUCUCAGGCUAUGUCAUCAUGUGGAAUAAAGCCAUUGAACUUUCGUCCAAAUCUCACCCAGGACCUAUUGUCCACAUUAGUGACAAUCCAAUGGAUGAAGGAAAGCUUCUGAUUGGCUUUGAAUCUGGAACGGUGGUAUUAUGGGACCUGAAGUCAAAGAAGGCAGAUUACAGAUACACACAUGAUGAGGCUAUCCACUCUGUGGCUUGGCAUCAUGAAGGAAAACAAUUUAUUUGUAGUCACUCAGAUGGUACCUUGACCAUAUGGAAUGUAAAAUCUCCUACCAAACCAUUCCAGACAAUCACUCCACAUGGAAAGCAGCUGAAGGAUGGAAAGAAGCCAGAACCCUGCAAACCUAUUCUUAAGGUGGAAUAUAAAACUACUAGAGCUGGGGAGCCUUUCAUCAUUCUCUCAGGAGGCUUGUCGUAUGACACUGUAGGAAGAAGACCCUGUUUAACAGUUAUGCAUGGAAAAAGUACUGCUGUGCUAGAAAUGGAUUAUUCUAUUGUUGAUUUCCUAACGCUCUGUGAAACACCAUAUCCUAAUGACUUUCAGGAACCAUAUGCUGUAGUCGUUCUCCUAGAAAAGGACUUAGUACUGAUUGACCUUGCACAAAAUGGGUAUCCUAUAUUUGAGAAUCCCUAUCCUUUGACUAUACAUGAAUCUCCAGUUACCUGUUGUGAAUAUUUUGCUGAUUGUCCUGUGGACCUCAUACCUGCACUCUAUUCAGUUGGUGCUCGUCAGAAACGUCAAGGUUACAGUAAGAAGGAAUGGCCUAUCAGUGGAGGCAACUGGGGUUUGAUCACUCAGAGCUAUCCAGAGAUAAUUAUUACAGGGCAUGCUGAUGGAUCAAUCAAGUUUUGGGAUGCCUCAGCAAUAAUGCUGCAAGUACUCUAUAAGUUAAAAACAGCCAAAGUAUUUGAAAAAUCACGGAAUAAAGAUGACAGACCAAACACAGAUAUAGUAGAUGAAGAUCCAUAUGCUAUUCAGAUCAUCUCGUGGUGUCCAGAAAGUAGAAUGCUGUGCAUAGCUGGAGUUUCUGCACAUGUUAUUAUUUACAGGUUCAGCAAGCAGGAAGUGACAACAGAAGUCAUUCCGAUGCUGGAAGUACGUCUGCUAUAUGAAAUAAAUGAUAUUGAAACUCCAGAUGGUGAGCAGGUGCCACCUUCAUCAACUCCAGGUGCAGGUUCCAAUCCUCAAUCCAUUGUUCCCCAGUCUCACCCAUCUACUAGUAGCAGUUCAUCUGAUGGACUUCGUGAUAAUGUCCCGUGUUUAAAAGUUAAAAAUUCUCCUCUCAAGCAGUCUCCAGGCUACCAAACUGAGCUAGUUAUCCAGCUAGUGUGGGUGAGUGGAGAACCUCCUCAACAGAUAACCAGCUUAGCAGUCAACUCAGCAUAUGGCCUAGUAGUUUUUGGAAACUGUAAUGGUAUUGCCAUGGUUGAUUACCUCCAGAAGACAGUGCUCUUGAAUCUAGGCACUAUUGAACUGUAUGGCUCCAAUGAUCCUUAUCGCAGGGAGCCACGAUCUCCCCGAAAAACUCGGCAACCGUCUGGAGCAGGUCUUUGUGAUAUUAAUGAAGGUACAGUGGUGCCAGAAGACCGGUGCAAAUCGCCAACAUCAGGUUCUGGUUCACCAAACAAUUCUGAUGAUGAACAAAAAAUGAAUAAUUUUAUAGAAAAGGUGAAGACCAAAAGCAGAAAGUUUUCCAAGAUGGUAACCAAUGACAUAGCAAAGAUGUCCAGGAAGCUAAGUUUGCCAACUGAGUUAAAGCCUGAUUUAGAUGUCAAAGACAACUCUUUCAGUCGAUCCCGGAGUUCUAGUGUAACUAGCAUUGAUAAAGAGUCACGCGAGGCAAUUUCAGCUCUUCAUUUUUGUGAGACUUUCACAAGAAAGGCUGAUACAUCACCUUCCCCGUGCCUGUGGGUUGGGACCACGCUGGGCACAGUGCUUGUCAUUGUACUGAACUUACCCCCAGGAGGAGAGCAAAGACUUCUUCAGCCAGUAAUUGUUUCUCCUAGUGGAACCAUCCUGAGGCUAAAAGGGGCAAUCUUGAGAAUGGCUUUUUUGGAUACCACAGGAUCUUUGGUCCCACCAGCACAUGAACCCUGGAGAGAAUACAAUGUUCCUGAAGAUAAAGAUGAAAAAGAAAAAGCAAAAAAACGACGUCCUGUCUCAGUGUCCCCUUCUUCCUCUCAGGAAAUCAGUGAAAACCAAUAUGCAGUGAUAUGUUCAGAAAAGCAAGCAAAAGUUAUCUCACUGCCAUCCCAGAACUGUACUUAUAAGCAAAAUAUAACAGAGACUUCUUUUGUUCUUCGUGGAGACAUAGUGUCAUUGAGUAACAGUAUCUGCCUUGCAUGUUUCUGUGCCAAUGGGCAUAUUAUGACUUUUAGUUUGCCAAGUUUAAGGCCAUUGUUGGAUGUAUAUUACCUGCCACUCACCAAUAUGCGGAUAGCCAGAACAUUCUGUUUCACCAAUAAUGGACAAGCACUCUAUCUGGUCUCACCAACUGAAAUACAGAGGCUCACCUACAGCCAAGAAACAUGUGAAAAUCUUCAGGAAAUGUUGGGUGAGCUCUUCACUCCUGUAGAAACACCAGAAGCACCAAACAGAGGGUUCUUUAAAGGCCUGUUUGGAGGUGGGGCACAGUCACUUGACAGAGAAGAACUGUUUGGAGAAUCAGCAUCUGGGAAGGCAUCAAGGAGUCUUGCCCAGCAUAUUCCAGGACCUGGAGGUAUUGAAGGUGUCAAAGGAGCAGCAUCUGGUGUAGUUGGUGAACUAGCACGAGCCCGGUUGGCAUUAGAUGAAAGAGGACAGAAACUAGGAGAACUGGAAGAAAAGACUGCAGCUAUGCUUUACAGUGCUGAUUCUUUCUCAAAACACGCUCAUGAGAUGAUGUUGAAGUACAAAGACAAGAAGUGGUACCAAUUCUGAUGACGCUCAUCAAUUACAUCUGUUUAAUUUUGUCCUGAUGAAAAAAAAUCUUGUUUUUUCAUUAAUUUUGGCAGGACCACUGAAAUUUAAAGGAGUAUUCACCGUUGGAUACUGUUGUUUCCUAGCACAAAUGACACACUGUUUUACCUCAGUCAUGGCUUUAACUGAGGAGCUUUAUAUCUAAGAAACACAUACACAAAACAAACUUGAGUGUUUCUUAGCUGUUGGUUAGAAGAGAGGUGGAACUGAGAAAGUAACUAGAAGAUGUGGAAAAGAAAGUAAAGAGAAAACAUAGUGUGAGAUGGGCAGGGGCAAUGCAGGGUCAAUCCUGUGUUAAUAUUUCAUAUGCCAAAAGUUUUUGUGCUAUUGUAAUUGCUGUCAGUGUUAUACCCUCCUGUGAGGAGAGGCAAUAAAUCAGGGGUCCAAGAGCUGGAAUCAAGUGGUUUGUCUUGCUGGACAGUACCUGACUUACACUUACCAUCUCUAGGACUCACUGUAUUUACCAUUAUCAUUGAAGAAGAGUUGAAGUUUGCUGUCACUUCUUUCAUCGGAGAAACUGGAAGCUUGGGAGAUUCCUUGUUGAAAACUGUACACAUAGUUGACCUGUGCAUAGUCUUUUCUUGGACCCCUGAUCUAGUAUUCUUGUAUUCACAUCAUAUUCUGUGAAGUGCAAAACAAAAGAAAACAUAAUUUUUGCAUUAAAAAAGUCAAGUGAAUAAUAUGA